AGCAUAAAUUUAUCCUACAAUCCUUCCACGCCUUAGCAUUCCGUAUACCUCGAGACCGAAUAACGUGUACGCGAAUUCAAACAAAGUACGUAAGUGUCAAGGGCACCCUUUCACUCUGAACCACCAUGUUGUCGCUAUCGCUCCUCGGUCUGCUGGCCUUUGUCGUCGCGUCUAACGCGGCCAGCCAGUCUCAGUCGGUGCUCUCACCAAAUGUACCGCGUUAUGGACGCGAGAAACAGAAUGUUCGAACGGGCACGACGCCGUAUGACGAUGGUUUGUUCACACCAAUGGAACAUUUGGGUGUGCUAUCUGAGACGCAGUUCACAACGCUGCAACAUCCUUUCUUCCCCAAGCACAGCGUACGCAUCAAGAAGUCUGCCUUCUGCGAUGAUACCGUCAAUUCAUAUACUGGUUACAUAGACAUCGAGGCUAGACAUCUCUUUUUCUACUUCUUUGAGAGUAGAAACGAUCCUGCGAAGGACGAUGUUAUCUUUUGGACUAAUGGAGGUCCUGGAUGUUCUUCUAGUUUAGGACUUUUCAUGGAACUUGGUCCUUGUAGAGCCCUCACGGCUAACGGGACUACUUUCCAUCCAGAGUCUUGGAACUCGAAUGCAAACAUAUUCUUCGUUGACCAGCCCAUUGGCGUAGGUUUCUCGUAUGCCGACUAUGGGGAAUUUGUGAGCACGACUGAUGAAGCAGCAAAGGAUAUCGCUGCUUUCGUAUCCAUCUUCUUUGAGCACUUCACUCAGUUCAAGGGUCGUGCAUUCCAUAUGGCGGGUGAAUCUUAUGGAGGUCGAUAUAUCCCUGAGUUUGCUUCACACGUGUAUGAUCAGAAUGUCGAGCUAGUAGAGGCAGGCCUGACACCCAUCAAUCUCACCUCUGUAAUGAUUGGAAACGGCAUGACUGAUUACUUUACAAUGUGGCCGUCAUAUGUCGAUAUGCAGUGCUCUCCAGCGUCCGUGUUCCCUUUCCAAAGUAUUAGCUCGUGUGUUCGCAUGAAGCAGGCGAUCCCUAGGUGUCAGAAAUGGACGAAAGAAUCUUGCGUAGACACGUUUGACGCCAUGAACUGCCAGGCAGCAAGGGAUUUCUGCGAUCAGGAACUACAAGAACCUUUCUUUGAUACGGGAAAGAAUCCAUAUGACAUUAGCAAAGACUGCGAAGGUGACAUUGGUGACACCUUGUGCUAUCCUGUGACCAAGUUCAUUUCCCAGUAUCUCGACCAGGUAGACGUGCGUGAGACACUUGGUGUCGACCCCUCUGUCGGGAACUUCUCGUCUUGCUCCGGUCCAGUUGGAUCAGCAUUCACAGCCGCUCUAGACAUCUACCACGAGACAUACACACAUGUCGCACAACUGCUGGAGCGCGACGUGCGUGCAUUGAUUUACGUUGGUGACUACGACUGGAUCUGCAACUGGGUCGGAAACGAACGGUGGACUUUGAACUUGGAGUGGAGUGGAAAAGAAGACUUCGUGGCUCAGGAGUUGCGCGAUUGGGAAGUCGAUGGGAAGUCGGCAGGAAAAACGAGAAGUGCGAGUGGGCUGACGUUUGCCACCAUCCACGGUGCAGGACAUAUGGUUCCCUAUGAUAAACCACAGGAAGCUCUUCAGCUCGUGAACAGAUGGUUAGCUGGAGGUGAUUUGUGAUCGAACAGCGAGUCGACAUGAAGUGCACUGGGUAAACAGUGUCUCAUGUAUUUACCGUACUUACGCGUGCCUACACAAUCACACUCCAUCGUUUCGUGGGCUCGGAGACAUUCCGUCGCAUUC